UCAGAAUCAGGUCGCAGGAGGCGAAGUACGUCCAUUAACAUGACAUACGAUGAGCCGGAUGGUGCUGCUGGUCCAUGGAUAAGCCAGGCGAUGAUGGAUACAUCACCAGGAGAAAUGGCUAAGCCAGAAGAUGACAUAGUGACAGUUGAAUUUGACUCUGAUGCUUUCUCUGGAGAGUACGAAGUUGAUUCCAGCACAGACACUGAGGCAGGGGAGAUCAAGCUGACAGAAAACUCAUCUGAUGAGAGUUCUUCAAGUUUAGCAACUGCAGUUCUGAUAGUUUGUGCAGAGAGUGAUGUGGAGUACCUGGCCGACUACAGUGACUCUGACAGUGGCACAGAUGCCGAACUUGCUGAUGCUGACAAGUGGGAGUGUGAACAUUGCAAGAAAAAGAACCCGCCCUUCCACAGAAACUGUGGAGGUUGUUGGAGUUUACGGCCAGAUUGGUUGCCAUCCACCAUGCAGGAUGUUCAAGUUGGGGCUUCCAGUCAGCAGCGGGACACAUCGUCUCAAUUUUCCCUUUCCAACACGUCUGAUGAUGCGCAGCCACAAAGUCAACAGACAUCUAAGGAUUCACUUCAAUCCAGCCUGGAGCAGAAGUGUGGCAUACUUGACAUGAAUCACUCUUCUGCUGCAAGAGAGGCCAAAAUUAACAGAAAACGGAAAUGUUCAUCAUCUCUUUCCACCUCAGAUUCUCAAGAAGGAAGGAUCAGUAAUAAAAUGGGAGGAGUACAACAGGCAAAUGCUGGAAUAUCUGGUGAAUGUAAAACUUUUGAUAAGAUAAAGUCUGUUAGUCUCCCAUUAUCUAAAGAGGAGUCAUGUGUUGUGUGUCUGACCCGCAGAAAGACAGCCAGUAUUGUUCAUGGAAAAACGGGCCACCAGGCCUGUUGUUACCACUGUGCCACUCGACUGAAGCGGAGGAGGAAACCUUGCCCUAUAUGUCGCAGACCCAUACAGAAAGUUAUACGCAACUUUCAUGUAUGA